UCACGCAGCGAAAGUGUUUUUAGUCUAUGCUGUCCUGUCGCGCGCGUCUACGCCUCCCUUUACAAACGUCUUGUCAAAGAGGUUUUCUGUGUCAGACGCAGCAUUGCCUCGCCUGAAUCCGGUAUGUACCCUGCUGCCGCUGGACGGAGCUCCGGGGGAUAUUUUACUGGACUGUCACGGAUCAGGAGCGGCAGCGCGCGCGGUUCUGGCUGGUCUGGCUUGUAGGAGAGGGUGACCAUUGUGGCGGACUGGUCACCAUGGUCCGGCUGUGGGCUGCGCACUGGAUCACAGCUGUGCUCCUGUGUCGGGCGGUGGCGCAGUACUCCAGCGACCAGUGUAGCUGGCGAGGAAGUGGUCUGAGCCACGAGUCUCAUCGCCGAGAUGUGGAGCAGGUCUACCUACGGUGCUCCCAGGGGUCUCUGGAGUGGCUCUACCCCACAGGGGCCGUCAUUGUCAACCUGCGGCCAAACACAGAGCCCUCAUCAGGACACGCCACGGGUUUCCAUGUGUGCAUCAAACCCCACACAUACUCUGAGGGUUCUCAUGUGUAUCUGGAGCGUGUUGGUGACCUGAAGGUGCUGCUGACAGAGAAGGACCAGGCUCAGGGCACAGUCCGUUGUUUCAGCCUGGCAGAGGGAGCUCUGUUUGUUGAAGCCAUCCCACAGACAGACAUCAGCCGGAGGAUCACUGCUCUGCAGUAUGAGCUGGUGCCCAAUCAGGGCCCUGGAGCACAUAUGUACCCAUUCUUGCACCCAGGUUUAGUAACCUGUAAACCCUGCUCAGAUGAAGAGGUACUCAUGGCUGUGUGUACCAGUGAUUUUGCUGGUAGCGGCACCUUUCGAGGUGUGGCGUCAGGUACUAAUGACCACUCCCCUGUUUUGGUGACUCUGAGCCGGCUGCUACAUCAGAAGAGCAGGGUGUUUUCUCAGGGUGGAGCCAGAGGGCGGAGUUGGAGCGGACGUGUCAAUGUUCCUGCACGGUGCGGGUUGCAUGCUGGAGGGGAUGAGUACCUUUUGACUGGCUCCAUACAUUUUGGUGAAGCCUGGCUUGGCUGCGCGCCUCGCUACAGGGACUUCCUGAAACUGUACAUCAGCGCACAAGAGGCAGGAACAAACCCCUGUCGAGUAGACACAGACUGAGAGAUCUCUUCAUGGCUGAAGUGCUUCUCAAAAAGAGGAACAGGCUGAAAUUUGGAGGACAGAGCAACAUUAUUUUUGAGUCUGUCAGAGAGAUAAGCAGGGUACAGCCCCUGGACUUCUGCAGGCUCUCUUCUGUGCGGUGCAAAUAUUAUUUCUGCUUUGCAGCAGAAAAGACUUAUAGUAGCCAGUGUGCUACCUAAAAUGAAAUGUACUCAUUUGACUGUACCUGUAUAUUGUGUGUGUAUAAAUGUGUUUGCACGCAAGUAAGGCAGCCAAUGAAUGAAUGAGGAGCUUAAAUUAAAUACAUGCCUAACUGAGUAAAGUUUUUAUUCUCAUGAUGAUACUGCUUGUGUGAUCAUUCUCGUAAUGAAUGUCUGCUUUGUAAAAAGCUUUUUGUAAAAUGUAGGAGUCUUCUGACAGAAGUGUACAGUAUGCAGCUCUGUGAGUCUUUACCAAGAAUGUGUGUUCUGCUGAUGAGUUCAAAGGGUCUUUAUAUUUACAGAAAAUAAAAAGCAAUUUUUCA